GUCUUAUUUAAAAAUUUAUGUAUAUUUUGAUCAAUACUAUUUAUCAGCAAAGCACUCAAAGCUGUUUUUUGUUUUUUUUUGGUUUUCUUAAUUAAUUAAUUAUUUAUUUAUUUUAGAGUUUAGACUUUAGAUUCUAUAAAAUUAAUUUAAAAAAACAUGAAGAGGAUAAAAAAAAAAAAAGCGGGGGACCGUCUCGACCGGUCUUGAUGCUCGGCUGACCGAGUCAACUCGACCAGGAGAAGGGAAGAGAAGGGAGCAGGAAGGAGCCUAAGGGUCCGACGCGGCGGCAGCUCUCACACGCCGGAGAGCUUUUACCCAUCGUUACCUGUAGCUUCAUCGCUGGUUUCUGAAGGGUAUCAGUGGCAUUGCCUCUCAGUGACUAUGAUUUACACAGCAAUUGACACGUUCUACCUGACGGAUGAGCAACUAAAGAACACUCCUUCUAGAAAGGAUGGUGUGGAUGAAGAGAUUGAAACAGUCCUUAGAAUCUAUGGUUGUGAUCUCAUCCAGGAGAGUGGCAUUUUACUCAGACUACCUCAAGCUGUAAUGGCCACUGGCCAGGUUUUAUUCCAUCGUUUCUACUGCAAGAAGUCAUUCGCUCGAUUCAAUGUGAAGAGAAUUGCUGCAAGUUGUGUUUGGCUUGCAUCAAAACUGGAGGAAAGCCCUAGAAAAGCCAGACAAGUGCUCAUUGUUUUCCACAGGAUGGAAUGUAGGAGGGAGAACUUACCCAUUGAGCAUUUGGACCCAUUUUCGAAGAAAUAUUCAGAGUUGAAGGCUGAUUUGAUAAGAACAGAAAGGCAUUUAUUGAAAGAAAUGGGAUUUAUAUGCCACGUUGAGCAUCCUCAUAAAUUCAUCUCAAACUACCUUGCAACCCUUGAGACACCCCCAGAAUUGAGACAAGAAGCAUGGAAUUUAGCUAAUGAUAGUUUGCGUACAACUUUGUGCGUGCGAUUCAAGAGUGAGGUUGUGGCUUGUGGAGUUGUGUAUGCUGCUGCUCGUAGGUUCCAAGUACCCCUUCCAGAAAAUCCACCUUGGUGGAAGGCAUUUGAUGCUGAAAAAUCUGGGAUUGAUGAAGUUUGUAGGGUUUUGGCCCACCUUUACAGCCUUCCCAAGGCACAAUAUAUAUCAGUUUGUAAGGAUGGUGAUGCGAUUACAUCUUCAAAUAAGUUGUGGGAUACACAGUCUCAGCCGACUCCAAAGUUCACUGAGUGGCCAACCUGCUGUAAGUGAUACCACCACUCCAAAUGCAGUGUCCACAGCUGCAAAUUCAGAAUCCUGCAGUUCCAAAGAUGCGAAAAUAAAAGCAGCCCUGGACAAGCUGAAGGAGUCUAAGAAGAGUGAUGAUGACUCCAAGAGCAUGCCUAUUGAGGCAGAGGCACGAGAAGAGCCUUUGGCAAAAUCCAAGCCGGACCACAAAACUGAUGGGAGUGGGGAACGGAGCAAACAAAGAGAAAGAGAGAGGGAGAGAGACAAGGAGAGGUUAAAAGCCCGUGAACGUGACAGGGGUAGGGAUUCUGACAGGGAGCGUGAUCGAGAUGAAACUGAAAGGGACAGAGAUAAGGUCAAGGAUAGAGGUCAUCGUUCCAAGGACAAAGGAAAAGACUCAGGUUGGUCCUUGAAUUUAUUUUACUGGAAACAAUUGAAAUUUUGAAAUCCAUUGCAUCAUUUUAUUUUGGAUGAUUUUGCCCUAGUUUUUCGCUUAAAAUCCAUAAAUAAGUUCACAUAAUCUGAUGCUGUGAAUUUAGGUGGGCAUUUGGAGAAAUCGAGGCAUCACUCUUCUCGAGGUAUAGAUCUAAAUUUCCCUUUUAAACUUCCUAGUUGCAUGUAGUUUUUAAUAUGGCUUUCUAUAUUGUGAUUGUUUUUUUGGGUAGAUCGUGAGUAUCACAGCUCUUAUUCUUCGAGGGAGAAAGAUCGCCAUAGGCAUCAUUCCUAUGCUUGAAGCCAUCUUUGAAGUUGUGGUUGGCUUUGUAGUUCCUCAGGCUUUGGCAGCCCGUAAUACUUUAUAUGUAUAAUAUAUCUUGGGUGAUUAGGAAUGUUUAGCCCAAGAAGAGAAAUCGCUCACCAAAACCCACAACAUCAACAAGUGUUCCUUAGGAUUUGAGAUGUAAAUUAUUUUUGUCAAAAUGUAAUGAUGAUAAUGAAGAGUUAUGAUGUAUAACCCAGUUUUU